AUGGCGUUUGACGGUCCAUAUUUCAUUAAUGUCUAUUGGUCGAGCAAAUAUGUUGAGAAGAAUGGGAUUGUGAAUACUUUUAACAACUUGCGGGACGAUUCCAUUUUGAUUGAUCAAAAGGUGGCAGGUACUUCUAGGUCUCAUUUGGAAGUAGGGACAAGUAGUGGUGGGCCGAAUAUGGAGAAUGGCGAUCACAUGGAAGAUAAUCACGUGGAAGAUGAUGAAUUGGAUGAUGAGGACUACACAUCGAUAAGUGAACAAAGCAAUGAACACCAACCAAUAUCCGAAGGCAGUCGGGAGAGUGAUAAAGAGGUUGAAGACAAUUUUGCCACAAGUGACAGGCACAUAUAUCAUUCAUAG